UUUUUACUCUUCUAUAAUGUAUUAAAAGAUGAUGUCUCUUCCCCUUUCUUAUUCUCUCUGAUACUUGUUACCAGUUCCUUCGGUCGAAGAGCAGGGAGGAACCAACGCAGAUGGCUGGAGAAGACUUUCUGGUCUUGACUCAAAUAGGGAGAUUCUGUCUGUGAAGGAUUACUGGAGUGUGAGACCAAACUUCUCUGAGAGCAAACCACAUGACACCUGCCCCCACCCAAAUGAAGCCUCUAAGCCCAGUGGUGGUCCUGCUGCCUCAAUGACGAUCAGCAAAUCUUUGGGUGCAUACCCUUCCACCACAAUUGUCAACCCUACAAUUGUCCUUUUGCAGCACAACAGAGCAGAACAGCAAAAGAGGCUUAGUAGCCUUGCAGAUCCACUGCCUGAUCCACCAGUCACUGCUAAAGCAGAUGAUAUAUCUGUUCGACAACAGUUAAAUCCAAGCAAGGAAGAUGCAAUAAAGGAACAGAAGAGAGUUGUUAAUCAUUCUCAGAAUAUAGCUGAUGAUUCUCUGGAUCCUAUAGGCAUUCCACUGAGAAAUACAGAGCGAUCCAAGGACUGGUACAAGAUAAUGUUCAAACAAAUUCACAGAUUAACAAAAGACCCUCCUGGAGAAAACCCUUAUUGCCCUACCUACAUAUUCCCUGAGCUUCCUGCUAUUCAGCCCAAAAGCAAAGAUGAAGAUUCUGAUUCAUAUUUUCCACAGGACUCCUUUGGCAAGGAAUUAAGAGCACAAACUUCAGUGCCCCGUUCCAAGAGUGAGAAUGAUACCAUUAACAUGGACAAGAUGAUGAAGAGAUCUGCCACCUUGCCGCUGCCAGCUCGUUCCUCAUCUCUUAAAUCGAAUUCUGAGAGGAAUGAUUGGGAGCCUCCAGACAAAAAAGUGGACACAAGGAAGUACCGGGCUGAACCUAAAAGCAUUUAUGAGUAUCGUCCAGGGAUGUCCUCAGCUCUGGACAAUGAAACAUUGCCUCGGGAUAUAAGCCCAGAAGAGGUAGAUUUAAAGAAUGAGCCUUGGUAUAAAUUCUUUUCGGAAUUGGAGUUUGGGAAACCGCCUCCAAAAAAGAUAUGGGAUUAUACUCCUGGAGAUUGCUCUAUCCUUACUAGAGAGGAUAGAAAGGUUGAUCCAGGAAAAAACCACUGCCUCUAUCGUACUGAAUUAGAUGCAGAGAUAGACAAAAUGGAGAAGCUUUAUAAAGCCCCAGAUCAAAAGCAACUGAAGAAUACAGCAAGCUCCCCUCCACCAGAAACACUCUCAGACCAUUUAUCUCACUACCAUCCUGUAAAGAGAGAGUUGGAAACAGAGCUUGGAAAUUCCACUGGGCUGGGAAACGAAAGGCAAAUCUAUAAAAGUGUUUUGGAAGGAGGAGAUAUCCCACUGCAAGGGUUGAGCGGCUUGAAGCGUCCAUCCAGUUCAGCAUCCACAAAAGUAGAUUCAGAAUCACCAAGACAUUUUGCAACACUUGAUUACAUAGAGAGUCCUGAAGAAAUGUUCCAAAGGCGCAACAGUGAUAAAGAGAAACUUUUAGAGGACCAGAGACGGCUUAAACGUGAGCAAGAAGAGGCUGAUAUUGCAGCUAGAAGGCACACAGGGGUCAUCCCUACGCACCAUCAGUUUAUCACUAAUGAGCGCUUUGGGGACCUUCUAAUUAGAGACGAUACAAUCAAAAGGAAAACUGGGUCAGAGAUGAGAGCUGCCAGAGUGAAGUUUGACUUUAAAGCCCAGACAUUAAAGGAACUCCCAUUACAGAAAGGAGAUAUCGUUUACAUUUAUAAGCAAGUUGAUCAGAACUGGUAUGAAGGAGAACACCACGGCAGAGUGGGCAUCUUCCCACAAUCUUACAUAGAGUUACUCCCCUCAACAGAAAAAAUCCAAACUAAAAAAACGUCACCGCUGCAAAUCUUGGAAUACGGAAAUGCAAUUGCCAAAUUCAGUUUCAGUGGAGAUACUGCUGUGGAAAUGUCCUUCAGAAAGGGAGAAAGAAUCACACUGAUUCGACAAGUAGAUGAGAACUGGUAUGAAGGAAAAAUCCUUGGCACCAGUCGCCAAGGCAUCUUCCCUGGCUCUUAUGUAGACAUACUUAAGCAACCAGUGGUGAAGGACACGUCAGGCUAUGUCUAUCGACCGCUAAAUUGCAGCCUGACUGCUCCACAGCCUUCACUGAGGCCAGGACCAGAUCUCACAGAAUCGGAAAAGAACUAUGUGCAACCACAAGUCCUGCCGUUAGAAACUGGCCUUGACCGGAAUCACACCACGCAAGAAAUACUUACCUAUCGAGCGCUUUACAGCUACGUCCCACAGAACGAUGAUGAGCUGGAGUUGAGAGAUGGAGAUAUAAUCGAUGUUAUGGAAAAGUGUGAUGAUGGCUGGUUUGUUGGCACAUCAAGGAGAACCCAACAGUUUGGGACUUUCCCAGGCAACUAUGUGAAGCUACUAUCCUUUUAGAGGCUAUGGGCAGCCUCUUCGUUUCAUCCGGAGAGAGCAAGGAGGACCCCGAGUGUGACAUUUUUAAAACAAUCCUUGGGAAAGAGAACUUUAUGAAUGGAGCAGCCAAGACAGUUGGAGUGGACAUGGAAUGUGAUGAAAUGCUGGAGUUAUGCUGCAAAGUUCCUGCUUCCUUUGAACAUGUACAGAGGAGAGGAGACAGGAUGAUCGAGCCUUGAUACUCUGCUGUGUUUGUUUCUGUUUUUAUUCUCCAGGGAGUAGGUAAUGAGGCUUAGCUUUCCUUCAGUCAUGAGCAUUGCUCUCCCUAGUGAAGCUGGGGGAAAAGAAUAGAAGGAAACAAAACAGGGUUUCUGUUGGAGAGGAGGAAGAAGAAAAGGAGAGAGAGCAUGUGUUCCCAGGAGCAGAGGGUGUAGACUCUUGGGCUGGCUAUUAUCCUGCUUAAAUAUCCUACAGCUUUCUUUUGCUCUCAGGGACCAGUUUUAUAUGAAAGGCCAUAUUGACAGUGUUUAUGGAACUCCUCUUCUCUCCCAAGGACAUAAACCACAGAACCAAAUUGUAGUCAUCUGGAGACCAAGUUUGCCCACACUUGUUCUAGUGGUUGACAGAUUCCAAAUUGAAUGGCUAGAAUAAAGGAAGACAGACUGUGGUGUAGCAUCUAUUCCAUUUUGGAUUUAUCCUGCAAAAUAUUCCUGAAUGUGCCUUUCUAGAACUGAUUAUAAAUGUAAUUUCUGGCUGCAUCUUUUUUUUAAAUAUCUAGAAAUACAGUCAAAUUAUCCAGUGCACACUUGUUUGGAAGUAAAACCCAUUGUAUGCAUUGAUAGUUUCCCAUUAUUGGACUUUAUUGCUGCUUUUUUAUAGUCAUUUUGAUUGUGAUUGGCAUAAUGAUACUCUAAAAUAAACAUUUUUUUCUGCUGUGUUUUUUUAUAGUUUAUCCACAGUAAUAGCAGGAAAUUCACAUUCAGCAUACUUUCUUAUAUAUUAGUCUCCAGAAUAGCAAAACCUGUUUAGGUUUCUUCAUCCCAAGAUCAGCCAAAAACAUCAACUGAAGUGCUUUAAUAAGAUGAUUGUAAAUAUGUAUAUUCCCUUUGUAAAAACGUACAAAUCUUAUAUUGCAAAUUGAUAUAUAAAAUUGAGACUUUUAAAAACAGUUUGAGGAGGAUGUUUCCGUUUUAUUUAUUAUCACACUAAAUGAAUUAGUAAUUGUGCUACAAAUGCUGUUUUUCAUCAGAGUAGAGAGUUAGCAUUUCUUGCUCAAUUGCACUAAAAUGGCUUCCUGUGUUCUGCAGCUUCGUGCUCAAGUGGAGCUUCUAGAAUGCCACCCUUCUGUAGGCUUGAAGCAGGAGAAGGCAGCCUUAGCAGCUGAGGUCCCUUGUGGAGUUUUGAGGCCGUGCAAUGGGUGUGCUCCGAUUAGCUGCCAUGGGAAGGUUGUCAGUUCCCAAAAUACAUGUCAGUGGCAUGGCCAGUCACAAAGCACCCCUUUACUAGAAGGUGAACAAGGGCCCUCAGGGUUGCCAGCCAUCCUGGUGGGGUGCGAAGACAUUGCUAUAGAUUAAAAUUCCUAUUUAUUUUAUUUAGUAAUAUAUUAAAAAAGAGGUGUAGUCUGCCCUGUUUUAAGGGAUAUUUGAAUAUUUUUAUUUUAGGAUUGGCAGUAAAAUUACAGGAUUGAACAAUCUUAUUCUGCAAAUAUCUUAACAAUAUUGGUAGCAUGUAACUAUCUCUAUAGCAUUUUUAACUAUUAUAUAUUUAUAUUUCUGCUGACAUAGUUCUAAACAAAAAGUUAUUCUUGUCUUUGUUUCAU